AUGAGCAUCCGUUUCCGUCUUCCCGGUCCAGCGUAUAAGGUCUGCGCAGCACUGCUCGGAUGUUAUCCGAUCACAUUCUCAGCCGCAUUCUUCAUGAGUGCCAUCCCGAAAUCCGAUCAAUACCGAAUCAUUCAGACAGUAAGAGCUCUUUUCAUUUCGGUCCCUCUAUUCCAAUCAAAUGUCAUAGGUUUGCAGGAGUACCCGACGCUCGAGCAAAAUUUCCGUUCUCUGAAAGACUUCCAGCUGUACAUUAUGAAUUUUUGGAUGUCCGUUUACUUUUUUCUCGCAAUGUUCGGCUGUAUUCAAUCGGGAUUCACGAUCGGAAUAUCCGUGCUUCAAAUGAUUCGAACACUGCACGAAUUGAAGACGCUCAUAUCGAAGGCCACGUGGAACAAACACAAAGUGGCCGUUCGCAAUCUGAUAAUUCAGUUUCAAAGUUCGUUAGUCGGUAUUCUUCCCGCCGUCUCCAUUGCAUUUGUAGUGUUGAUACCGACAAAGUACUCGCAAGGUGAGCACAGUUCACAAAAAGCUCACAUGAUUUUUGAUUCGCUACAGUCGUAUCGUACAAUCUGACAAUGGUAGUCACUGUUCACUCGACAGUCAACGUGAUUGUCAUGUUGAUAACCUAUCCAGAGCUGCGGAAACAUGCGAAAUUCUGGAAACAACCGGAUGCGACAACGACUAUAAGGUUGAAAAAGAGCACGAGUUCACACUCAUCUCAUAGAUUUCUGAUCGUUUUCAGUGUGAGCGUCACUCAAAAUUCUCAACACCCAGUCCGCUCGAUGUCAAUGUAA